AUGGCAGAGGUCGUGGAGGAGGAGAUGGAGUUGGCCGCCACUGCCACCGCGGCCGCGGCCGCCAUGGAGGAGGAGAAGUUUGUGGUGCCGUUUCGGCACCGCCGGAAGUUUUCCAUGUAUCUGGUGCAGCUCCGCAUUGGCGGCGGACCACCAGAUGAAGCGUGUUCGAGAUAUGUAUUGUUCGACACCGGCGACGACCUGGACGCACACGGGAGGAUCACAUGGUGCGAUUACAGCCACUCCUACCCCAGUCCAGACAACAAUUUGUGCAACUUCGAAAAGCGGUACGGCAAUGGUAGCAAGCUGUCAGGCUACCUGGGAUCUGACGCCUUCCCCUUUGGCAACGGCAUAGCGGGGGACGGCGGCGGCUACAACUUCGAGCAAGACAUCGUCUUCGGCUGCGCGCAGGAGGAACGUACCACCGCCGUCCGGGAAUACAGCUCCGGCAUUCUCGGCCUCGGCAUGGGUACGUUCUCCUUCGUCGCUCAGGCCAGCGUCGACAAAUUUUCCUACUGCGCUCUAUCCCGGGAGAGAAGAGACCUCCGGGAUCAGUGGAGGAAAACAACAAGCUACCUCCGAUUCGGCAGCCAUGCUGUCAUGUCGGGCAAGAUUGUCCCGUUCAAGCAGGACGGCGCCCACUUCAUCAUCUCCCUCAAGAGCGUGACGUACCAGCGAGGAAGCCGUCUAGAUCAAAAUCAGCCAGUGCCCAUAUUUACUCGGCAAGAGGCGGCGGAGUUCCUGCCCAUUCUGGUGGAUUCAGGGUCCACCCUGGCGCUACAGGAAAAUCGUGUUUUUCUACAGCCAAAAACACCCGGCAUUGGCGACACGCUCUUCUACGAAGGGUACGCAGGUGAUUACAUUUGUCUGGGAAUUUCUAUCGAUGAGAGGAAAUCAGUGUUAGGCAUGAUUGCUCAACGUAAUACCAAUGUUGGGUAUGAUUUAGCAAACAUGGAGAUCUCCUUUAAUCGUGAGGCAGGUCAAUUUUGCACAGGAGUUAACCUUAGACAACUGAAUACAUUUGCAAACAGGAAAACUUUCGAUCUAUUCAUAUUCAAUCAUGGCGGUACAUUUAACACCAGAAAUAAUAAAAAUUACAUUCAGAUCCGUAGACCACCUAGCAACGACUAC